CAACAACCGAAAUCGCACUUCAUGCCGAGUGUGGACGAGGCUUAAAAUCUUUUAGUAUUUAUAUAUUCGUUUUUAACGGUCUUUAUAAUGAGUCUCCGCACUAACGUCUUUAAUGAAAAUUUGCUGAAUGAAACGGAUCAGGAUUUCAACUCUGUCCUAAUAGAACUGGACAAAGGAUUGAGAUCUACUAAAAUCGGAGAGCAAUGUGAAGCUAUCAUUAGAUUUCCUAAGUUGUUCGAAAAAUAUCCUUUCCCAAUUCUUAUAAACUCAUCAUUUUUAAAAUUGGCGGAGUUCUUCAGAAUUGGGUCGAAUCUCUCUCGGUUGUGGGUUCUACGAGUGUGCCAGCAGAGUGAAAAACAUCUAGAGAAAAUACUUGAUGUUGACGAGUUUUUGAAACGAAUUUUCAUGGUCAGUCACUCAAACGAUCCUGUAGCAAGAGCUCUGACUCUAAGAACACUUGGAGCAGUAGCAUGCGUGAUUGCUGAGAAGCAACAGAUCCAUCACGCAAUACGCAAUGCUUUGGAUAGCCACGAUACAGUGGAAGUAGAAGCAGCAAUUUAUGCCAGCGUACAGUUUGCCGCACAAUCAAAGUGUUUUGCUGUUGGUAUGUGUUCAAAAGUAUCUUCCAUGAUUGAAUCAUUACAAACGCCUGUUAGCAUGAAGAUUCUUCUGAUUCCGGUACUCCGCCAUAUGCAUCAUGACGCAAAUACGGCGGCGCUGGUUCGAACAUUAUGCCACAAACUGUUACCUAUGUAUCCCUCAGACCAGUUUACUAUAGCGAUUAUCCAAACCUUAUCAAAGCUAUCUUUUGCAACACUUGUUGAUAUUCCAGAGCAGGUGGAUACCUUGCUCAUUCAGCUGGCAGAUCCUAGAAAGAAAGUACAGUAUGCAGUGUUGCAGUGUAUGAACAGAUUGGCUGAGAAAGGUGCUUAUUUGUGGACUAAGCAUGCCAUCAACAAACUUUUAAAGCAAACUAUGCAGUGUUGCUAUCCAGAUAUGGCUUUAAAUAUCAUAAUAACUCUAACUGGCUGCCAAACCACCUGCCAUACAAUGUUGAACGAAGAACGAAGUCAUAUUCUGGCUAUUUGCAAAGAUAGCUUAUUGCUGGUAAACAACAUAGCCGGCAAAGCGUUAACUAUACUAACGAGAUUGGUAUCCUAUUGCUAUAAAGAGGAUAAAACGCCACCGAUGUGUUUUUUGGAAUACUUGAAUAUGAAUCUUGAGUACCUUACACUAUCAGCCCUGCACAACAAAGUGCCUUUGACAGAUUUGAAAAUAUAUCUAAAAUGCUGUAUACUGUAUUCGAAUUAUAAUACUGAUUUUCGUGAAAACAUCUCAGAAACAAUGACAGAAAUGUUAAUAGAUGGGACCGAACAUUCUACGCCACAUCUUAAACUGGUUUGUGAAGCUCUUGGAGCAAUUUGUGCAAACUUUUCUUCGACGUGCUUUGAUUCGUCCCAGAGCCGUAACCAGUUCAACUGUAUAUUGGGUCAUAUAUUGAAAAAGUUAGAAUCAUACACUCAACUUUCCGCCAACGAUAAAGACAACACUGCCAUUGUGGAAAUUCUAGUUACUAUAUGUUUGCAAUCCGUAAUGGGUAGGGUAAUUCCGCCGAGAAUGUUUCGAGUCUUUGAUAACAUUUUAAAAAUAACCAACCUUUGGACACAAUACAGAAUAAGCCGCGCAGCUUCAAGGUAUGGACAACAUAUCCUUGCAGCAAUGAUCUACCAAAAACUGGCCAAACAUGUAUCACUAGAAAAAUUGAACUGUUUUCUCAUCGCAAUGUUCCAAAUUUCGAAAGCAGAGUGCAUCCUCAACUACGGAAUGGAAUACGAAUCUAUUAUUCAAAUUUAUCCCCAAAUCACCGAUAUGAACGCGUCACAUUUUUCGUUACUUGAUCGAUUAGAAAAAUCCGUCGACCUGUAUUGCAUGGCAGUUUCAACACUGAAGGCAACUUCUUCUCCUCAAUAUCAAAUGAUUUUCCAAACGGAAAUAGUAAACUUGAGAUGUCAAUUCCUGCAAUCUCUACACAACCUGGUAGUGUUGAGAAAUACCCUAUGUAUCGCACCACCCUCUGCGAUAUCCAACACUUUAGCGCAAAACAUGCGGGAUCCGCUCCAAAAGUUCGGACAUAUAACGAAUCAGCUUCGGAAAAACAUCAAAAACCUGAAGGCAUGUGAAGAUGCUUACUCCAAGUUGUUCAAGAGUUCGUUCGAUGCUGAUCCCUGCUCUUUGGAAUAUCUGAAUGGGAUACAAUACCUAUGUAGUGUGCUGCAGUUUUCUCUUGAAAUGGUGGCAUUUACUACUCCAGCCGAGUUUCAAAAGCACCCCCCGGUUUCUUCGUAUCCGGAGACAAAAUAUUUGCUCUCAAUCUCACAAACCGUUUACAAGCACGUUCUUAUGCGUCCAAACGAAACGAAUUCAGCCAAAACCAUAACGAACAAGCAUAUGGACAUUUUGUUGAAGCAAAUCGAAAUCAUUGUAAAAUCGUCCCAUUGCCUUCCCAGGUUUUACUUUCAAGUACUUCAGAAUACCUCGUUGAAACUUGCGGUUACUCCACAGCCACGGAUAGUUGGUGAACCAAUCUUCGUUCAGCCAAGCAGCAGCCUCGUUAUUAAAGUGGAAGGAGUUAUUCAACACCACGAGAAAAAGUAUCCCUUGUUUCGAUACAUUGAUUGCGUGCAAUUAACAUUAACAUCGCAUAUUUUAAACACGAGGCUCAAUGAACCCAAGGUUAACAUGGAUCCGAUAGUCUUGUCUCAAAAAGUAAAGCCGCAUCAUGAUUUUUUCAACGGAAAUUUCAUUCUUUCACUGCAAAAUAUUAUGCAAUCGUAUCCCGGUACAUCAUUCUUUCUCGGUGGCCAAUGGCAAGUAACUUUGGAGUCAUGCGGCAUUGAUCAACACGGAGUGCUGUGGAAUACUGGUCCCAAAAGUGUCAUUCAUGUUCGCAUACCUGAUGAUAACCACAAACAGAGUGCCAGUUCGCAGUCUGGACCAAGGAGGUUUUAAAGGCGUAACUACUUCUAACGUUUCAAAAGUAUUCAGGCUUUUCUCUACAGUUGCAGUACAAAAAUUAUGAGGCUUAUUCUGCGAAUCGAGUGACGUGACUUACGAAAUUUCAUAUCGUUUUGCUGACUCAAAUAGCUUCUCUAGCCUCGAAAUUUUCGUCCGGGUGAGCUGUUAUUGGUCUUCGGAGCUCACCGAUACACAAAUUUCUUUCCUGAAGCAUUUUCUGGAGUCAGGUCGAAGACGUGAAAUUUCGUGAGUCAAGUCACUCGAGUCGCAGAAUAAGCCCCUAUAUUUAGUGCGAUUCUGGAAAAAAAAGCACUGACAUGUAUUUUUUUCCGGGAAUUAAACAACACGGUCAUUCUUCCCAAAGGCAUUGACAUGUAAUAAAACUUACAUACUUUAAGGGAAAAAUUUAAAAGCGAGAAAUUUUUCAUUGCAACGGGAUUUCACAAAAAACGGGAUUUUGUAAUAAGUUCCAACGGCCGCGCACGUCUUAAUUAGGGUUUAAACAGUAAAUAAGGUAUCCAAACAGUUUAAAAUGUUGUUAACACGGCUCUCAGGGUCAUUGUGAAUAUUCUCACGUAAGGCUUUUUUUCUGAUUCACACAUCAAACACCGAUUUGUCUCCAUUGUUUAUGAAACUAGUCUGGUGCUGAAAGAGUAUCAGACGCCAUUUUUACAGAGCAUUAUUUUGCCGGAAGAUGUUUUGAAACAAUGUUUUCGGUCCCGAGUUCGAUAAAUCAUCACAUAUCCGGCGAGAUGUCUGAAAAUCCACGGGGAAAUUGACCAACUAAAACUAAACAGAUUGAUACCUAACCUCAAAUUUCCAACACUUCGUAGCCAUUUUCAUUAGAUAAUCGUGUCUUCUGAUAUUGUUUCUAAAAAGUGUUCUUCCGGCGGUUAUAUGAUGGAAAACAUUAAUUGAAAAGCUUGCCUGUGAAUCUUAUGCAUCCUUUGUGAACUUCUGAAGAACUUCUCUACGUUUAACUGCUGAUAACUACAAGAAGAAUUUCCAUGCGCGGCGAUAGAAACAUUCAAAAAUCAAGUGUACCAAUGGCCGUGCACAACAAAAUUGUCAUUUUUCCGCAGCAGAACCUUCAAACUGUUCAUUUUUUUCACAAUUGAUUCAUUAUACAGCCACAAAUAACUUACGUUCGAUUUUUUUUUUGCCAAGGUGCUCAAAAGCCUAGUCCACACUAGGAGACGGUCCGUCUCGAGACGGUCUCAGCGUCUCCCAUUUUCUUCGGGAGACACUGGGACCGUCUCAGGUUUCCAACAACAACAACAGACAACAAAGUUCGUCUCAUAACAAAUAUCGCAGUUCAUGUUGCCUAGUGUGAACUAGGCUUAAUUCAACACAAAAAACUGAAUUACAAAAAGGGACCCGCAUAGCUCACUUGCUAAGGACAACAGACAAAAUGGCAUCCGGCAAAACCGAUUUUUGUUUUUAUUUUUCCCUGACCUCAAAAAGCAGAAUAAAUUUAUUUCUGGUAUGGCGAGUGAAAGAUACUUAGCGUAGGUAUCAACAAAUGCGAAAAAUGGAAAUUUUCGUUGUUGAAUUUUGGAGAAAAUAAUGAUAAAAGUUGAAAGUGCGCGGCCAUUUGUGCUUCACGGUAGUCUUGCUACACAGCAAGAAAAAAUCGUGUAAAUUUAGAUCCAAAAAAGAUGCACGAAAACGGAACAUCGAUUUUGAUAUAAAAUUCUACUACGGUGUAUUUUUCUCAACAUUGUAAUUUUUGAGGCGUGUAAAUUUAGAUCGAAAACAAUGCACGAAAACGGAUGACAUAAACCGUCGUGUAAAAAUACACAAUGAUGUAAAUUUCAAAACAUAUUACCGUUAAUAUUACAAUUUUUUUUUUAAUAAUCAGAUUUUGGGUGUUGUUUAUGAAUAAAUACGCCACAUGUGUCAUUUUAUUGAACAUAUAUUGCCGAUACACUGCAAACUCAAAAAACACCCACCAUCACUGGCACCUGGAAUUGUGGUUGUGUCCGAUGAUCCCCAGCAGGGCGAUGUUUUGCCGAUCAGCGUCAGGCAGUAUUCUUGAAUCCUUCCGGAACAGCAUAGUAAUCGGAAUCCCUUAAACAUUAGAAACAUUCAACAUUGAUUCGGCUUUUGAUCCAUUUAUAAAACUGCAAUUCCUCAAUCGAAAGAGAAUUUGAAGUUCCAUUUUUUUUUCAUUUCGUCUAUAACUAUAACCUACCAUUUUUUAAUUCAAUUCUGAAAGAAUUUGGUUCAGUUUUAAUACAAAAUUAACUGCGGAAGCGUUUAUUUUUUCUUUUCGCACAAUAAACCACCAUCUCGGAUAAAAACAGAACAAUUUAUGCCGCGAAAAAAAGGAAAACAAUGGAUCUAUCGUGUUUUACAUUGUUUUCGAUGUAAUUUUAUAUUGAGAUAUAUUUUUUAGGUCAGGGCGUGUAAACAUACAUCAUAAAAAAAUAAGCUUAUACUAACGAUUCAAAAAUAGAUCAAAAAGAGUGUAAAAUUACAUCAGUUUUGAAUUACACUGGUCAAAAAGUAGAUCACUCGUAUUUUAGAUUGCGUAUUCUUUUAGAAUUUUUUUGCUGUGUAUGAAAAAGUGUCAUUUUUAUGAACCAGCAAUUGUUUUCGCGACAUUUUUGUGGAAAUUAUACGAGUAAACGUACGAAUAGAAGAACCGGUUUUGGAAAUAAACGAUACGUUGUUAAUGUGGUGGUUUUCCAACUUUUUAUUAAGAAUACUCUUACUGAAUGGUUUUUUUUUCAGUGUAAGGAAAUUAUAUUAUUAUUAUUAUUAUUAUGGUUAGUGUGUUUGAAAAUUAUAUUAUUAUUAUUAUUAUUAUGGUUAUUAUAUUAAUUUUCAUAAUUGCUUGCGAAACGAAGUUUAGAUUUACAUAGAUGAUCAUUUCCUACAAGAACAUUUAAACUUAUUGUUAGUGAGAAAGAGGGAUUGAAUUGUCACCUAUACCUAAAACAUGCCGUCGUAUCGUCCAAUUGGAAUAAGCACUAUAAUAAAUAUCAGCAUGUUGCGCAGCGCCAGCUUCCAGUCGUUAGGCACCGCAUAAGGUAGCAGUACAGUAGUGAGUCGGUGAAUUUCAUGAGAAACACACACGAAGAUGAACGAAGUUAUCAACACGUUAAGCGUAGGAAAUCCAGGCAGUAGAACGAGAACUCCAUUCCGAUCCGCAGCCAGCCAAAUGUGAUACUGACAGAUGAAUAGCUCCAACGAAAUCCGUCCAAACCAGGCAAAAAACGUUGAAUAUCUGGUGCGCAAAAUUCCGGAGAUAUUUCGUAGCAGUAUAUAUCCGACUAUUGGAAUGAACACCACAUAAGAAUGAAUCUCUUCGCAAUCCUGUUUAUUACGGCAGAAGAAGCUCCACGUGGCGUAAAAUCCGAUUCCAAUGAUCGCGGCCAAUGUUGAUGUUAGAGAGAUUCUUCUUGAGAAUAAAUUCCCGUGAUUGUUAUCAUCAAAAAAGUAAUACUUUUGAGCGAUGUGAAAUAUGGCAGCGAAAAUCAUACCGUAUGUAAUUGUAUAUCUGUCUAGCUUCCAUCGAUACCACCAUUCAUGGAUAUCGUCAUCAGUUGUGACAAACAGUGCCUUCCAUGGGCGAGUGACGAAGAUGCGUUCAAAGAAAACUUCGCUCAUAUACAGUACAGUUAUCACGCUAAGCAGGCACACGAAUUUCAGAACCACGUAUAGAUAUUGGUACGCAUUAUUAUCCGAACUUUGUGCUGUAACUCUCGGCGGAAUCGUAAGCAGGAAAUAUACCAUACAAUACCAGAAUGAAAGAAGAGGUACGAAAUAGUAGAAUUGGUACGGCCGAUUCAUACAUAAACAUAGCACAACAGUUAAAAAGUUGUUCUUGAAAAUUACGUGCAGGAAACGUACAAUCCCUGUGUUACCAGUCUGCCAAAAAUAUGUAAAAUGUCCAAAUCCCGAUAGGAACAGAUAUCCACUUAUAAGUACUUUUAUGUGCAUGUAGAUCGGCAGCACAUGUGAAGCACCCGUCAUGUAAUAUAUCAGAAUGACAAGCUGCAUCCAGCCUUUCAGCUCAUCUGUUUGAUCUCGGUGUAGCACUUUGGUAAAUUUGCUAUCUUCGGUGAAGAAUAUUCCCAGCACAAACACGUAUCCAACCGGAAUCCAGAAGCUAAAUUCCGAAUAAUAUUUGUUCUCUUUCAUAAAAAAGUUGGUACGAUCACAGAGGUAAAAGUAUGCCAUUAUCACGGUUAAUGAUGCUAGUGCCAGAACUGGUGACUGGGAGUUAGCCGGUGCACAAGCGAUAGGCCCGGUUGCGGUUUGACUCAAUGGCAUGUACACAUUGAUUCCACGGAACUUCAGCAACCAUCGACGAACAAUCAUCGCCACGGCGAUAGCCAAACUGUAAAUGAAAAGAAAAAAUCAUGAAGUAUUGCACCAAUAAAUUUCAGUUUUUUUUAUCAA